AUGGACGGCAAUGAUAUACAUAACCCCAGGAACGACAGUCGUAACGACCGCAUCGACCGCAACGAACGCAACGAACGCAGCGAGAGUGGAGAUGAUCUAGAUGAGUCUAAGAGAAUAUCGUACAGGUCAAAGAAAGAGCGGUUUGCAUCGACGCUGAACAGUAUCCUGCCUUCGAUCAGUGCCAAGUUCCACAGCCGUAAGAACGUCAAUACUAGCAGUGACGCCCCUACAGAUGUCACGGAGAGCACAGGUGUGGACUACGAUAAGUCAAAGGACAGGUAUUUCAUGAGCGACGGAACUAGCGUCUCCGACUACAGAACCGCGUUCAGCAGCGGAUACCAGCAAGGAAGCCUUUACCAGGGCAACAACUAUGACACGAUGAGCAACUCGAGCAAGGACCUUAAUUACACUCCGAUCACAUACGCGUCUAUGGAAACUUCCCCUAACUACUUGAACAGUCAGCAAAUACAACACCCAGGCUCUUCCGGAAUGCCACUUAUUUCACCACAGUUGCAGGGACAUGUGAACUCAAUGAGCUUGCCACAGAAUAGCAAUAGCCUAAACUUGAAGAUUGGUAAUAUGAGUGCCAUGACUAACAACAACUUGCCUAUUCCUGCCCAGCCAAAUAACGUCUGGCAGUCUAUGAACAGCAACUCAACCCCUAUCAGUUUACCACAAUCUGUACCCGAUCCAUUUGAACACAGUAAUCCUCCCGUGUCGGGACUAAACAACACUGCAAGCUUGGUAAAUUCUGGGUUUGAUCGAGAGAGAGCUCACUCCUUCGGAAGUUUUCAAAAUGGUUCUUCCCAUUACGGCUCCGAUAUGUCUUUGCAUUACUCACUGAACAAUAAUACCGCAUCUGGAUACCCAGCACUAAAUGCCGCUACUCAGAAUAUACCAGCUGUUACCACAUCCACAAAUGUCACAACUAGUGUGCCACAAAUGCAACAACAGGAGCAGUUGACACCAGUGGUUGCCGAUGACGUCGAUCCAGCCCUAAUUAGCUGGGUUUCCACUAAUAUCAAUAUUCCUGCAUCAAACCAAACUGGAUUCUUGCUACCAACCAAUACGUUAUGUAUAUCUAACGUAUUUCCCUUGCAGACACCAGGAGAAUACGGUAACAAUAACUUGAGCCACCCAAUAAACUUGACAAGUACAUUAUUAGCAUCCCUAUGUUCACAGUACGGUAAAGUCUUAUCUUCCAGAACUUUAAGACACUUAAAUAUUGCAUUGGUAGAGUUCGAAACUGUUGAUAGUGCUAUAACUGCGCUGGAGUCUUUACAAGGUAAAGAACUCUCUCUGUUGGGAUUCCCAUGCUCAGCAGCUUUCGCAAAGAUCCUAUCUGUAAGUGAUGGUGUCGGCUUAGGUGAACAUACGCUAAGUGUCAAGGAGAACUCAACGAGAAAGCCGCUACUGCACGAGGUUUUUCUCAAUACAGCUUUAUACCAAGGUAGCAAUUCAACAUUCACUCUGCAAUCAAACCUUCAACCACCAGUGGUCAUUUCACAACCUUCCAAGGAAAAUAUUUCAACGAAGAACGCUUCUAACGUUCACUUAUCAUCUGCUGAUAACGAUCCUUGUCCUUUCAAGUUGCCUCCCGCCAUUCUAGCAGACAAACUGGAUGACUUCCAAGAUAUAAUCAAAAAGUUUAACAUAAAGUAUGACGUGGACAUAGUGAACCACAUGCUUAACAAUUCAUUGCAAAAGGGACCCAAUGCUUGUGAUGUUAAUAAUUUUGGACCAAUACCACAACAGAGUGUGCAUAGACAGUUCGAUGCGCCAAAACUAAGGGAAUUGAGGAAGGCUUUCGAUUCUAACUCUUUGUCUCAAGUGGAAAUGGAGCAAUUAGCCAUCGCCAUGCUGGAUGAACUACCUGAGCUAUGCUUGGAUUAUUCAGGUAAUACGAUCAUUCAGAAGCUUUAUGAUAACUGCUCUCCGAUCAUUGUGGACCUGAUGCUGAGGGAAUCUCACAAGUACCUGACAUCAAUGGGUAUACACAAGAAUGGUACGUGGGUCAGUCAAAAAAUUAUAAAAGUAGUGAAGACCCCAAGACAGAUGGACUUCAUAACAAAAGGUAUUCAGGAUUACUGCACUGCUUUGUUCAACGACCAAUAUGGUAACUAUGUUAUCCAAGGCGUGCUAACCUUCGGAUUCCCCUGGAAUAGCUUCAUUUUUGAGAAUAUAAUGUCGAAUUUCUGGGUAAUCGUAGAUAACAAGUUCGGUGUGCGUGCUGUUAGAGCUUGUCUAGAAGCCAAUGGGCAUAUGUCAAAGGAGCAAGAACUUUUGCUUUGUUCAAUGAUCAUUCUAUAUUCUGAAUACUUGUCAACUAGCAACACGGGUACCUUGUUGGUAACAUGGUACUUGGACUCCUGCACUUUUGAAGAAAAAUAUGCAAUGAUCAUUUCAAGCUUAAUUCCACAUAUCGUUGAACUUUGCAGUCACAGGUUGGGCUCUUUAACAGUACUGAAACUUUUGAACUUGAGGAUAGAUCAAUGUGUAAAAGACUCGAUCUUGACUGCUAUAUUUGGUGACUUGAAUGACAACAAGCCAUCAGAAAAUCUGAUCGAAAUAUUAAAGGACAACCACAAUGGUGGCUCUUUCCUAUACAAGAUAAUUUCUUCCAGGUUCUUAGAGUCAGAAAGGAAGUCACAUUUAGUUGAAAAGAUCAAGAUAGUACUGUUAAACUCUAAUUUAGCCCAUCAAAAUAAGCGUCUCAUUGAAGAAGUUGGUUUAACUUCAACUGGCAACGGAAACGGCAUGAGCCAACCAAUUAGGCACCGAAAGACAAUAUCAUAUAGCCACAGUCAUGAAAGUGCCAGACAAUCGCGGGAUCACACAAUGCCAAAUAGAGUUUCAUAUCCCAAAUCUAUUGUUUCAGCAGGCUCUUAUCUCUCACCUAAUGGUAUUACCGGUAUCGGGCACAAUGAGAACAUAAGUCCAGAUAUGGCAUUAUAUCUAGCCAACAGUAGUCCUAACUUAUUGUACGGAUCUCGAAAUUCGCAGACGUACCAGCAGGUACCAGAAUUGCAGGACUUAAGUCUUCAAUUGGAAGGUAUGAAGAUUCAUAAUGACCAAAAUUAUUUUGGCCAGAUACAAUCGCAUACAUACGAUACAACUGGUAUGCCUGGUCAUGAUUUACUUGCCAACAGGCUCGACCAUGAUGAGAGUGGUUAUAAUAUGAGCUAUAACUACAGGUAG